CAGUCUGAUAUUGAUAUCAUUUAAUUAUCAUUAACGUUAUUAUUUUAAAUUUAAAAAAAAAAUACAAUGGCAAAAAUUUCAAGUUGUUUUCAAGCUGUUUUCUUGGUAUUUUUACUGAGCACUGUAUUUAGUAAAGUUGAAUCACUAAGUUGUUACCAGUGUAAUGACUCUAUUGAUGAUUGGGGAUGUCAAUGGGGACUUAAGAAAAUUUCACUAGAAGCUUACUUGAAAAAAUGUGAAUCAGAUAAUGAAAAUGCAUGCUAUACUUUUAUAAGUGAAGUUAACGAGAAACAAAUGAUAGAGAGAGGAUGUGCUCCAAAAGAAUCAGUUUUUAAAGCAUGUAAAGAUCUUCUUUCAAUGAACGAAAAACAAAUUAAAGAGUGUAGUUAUUGUGAUAGUCAUGAUGGAUGCAACUAUUCAUCAUCAUAGAUUAUCAACUACUGUUAAUUUAAAAAAUACAAUGUUUUAAUUCAAUUGUGCUAGUAUAUAUAAUAAAUAGUUUAAAAGUAA